UGGAAAAUCAUAUCAGGAUAUUGAUGUGUUUGCGAGUAUGUUGACUGGAGAGUCGAUCACUAUACCAUACUUGGUUGAUGCCUGUCUGCUUACAACAAGAAUGUACCUUAUAUAUGUCACUUAAUUAAUAUUGUCAAUUGUAUUGCAUCUGCCUGCAAGGAAACGUCGUAAGUGGGUCACAUGAAUGACAGCAAAUGAAGAUGGCUCUGCAAGGAUUCUUUCAGCAUAUAGAAGACUCCUACUGUGACCUCCAUACAGACUCUGCUACAAGAGGCUAUAUGUACAAGGCUACCGUGGAUAUUGUUAAACACAUCGUGAAUAAAAUCGGUGAACUUGAUCCAUUUCUGAAUGUAAAGGAAAUAAUUAAUGUUGGCAGUUUUGUGGAAAAGACAAAGAUUCGUUCUGCAAAUGAAUUCGAUUUUAUGGUCUGCCUUGAUUUUCUCUCUAAUGAGGACAUAGUAAGAAUUGAGGCGCACGAAGGCUGUGAACCGGGCUACAUGAUAGCAUUUCUUCGGUCAAAACCAUCCAAUAUGAACCUAACUGCUAUGCAACUUUAUGGCGAUGUUUGGUGUAUUCACCCUGCUGGUCUGAGAGACGAAUACAGCAAGCUAUUGUCCACGGUUUUGGAUACUAUUAAAGGUUACAGUGUAGUCACGCCAAAAGGGGCAAUGAUUGUUCGCAAAUCACGUUAUCUUGCCUUAGAACUAGAAUGGGUACAAUUCCACGAUAUAUAUGAAGGAGCAGAACUUGCAAAGGGCUUGUCGAAAAAAGACGUUCAAUGUGAUAUCAUGUAUCAUUUGAAUGUAGAUGUUGAUGUCAUGCCAGCCGUUAGUGUGAGGGAUACUUCUCUUGUAACUACCUUAGAAGGAUUUCCAAAGCAUAUGACUGACGUUAUGACAGCUAGAGAUUUCCAUCUAGUGUAUAAAGCAUCAGGGCAUCAUUCCGAAACUCCCUUCCUACAGGCAUCUUUCGCCACAGCAGAGGUGGCAUUGAUGCAAAAACUGCAUCCAGUUCACAAACGGUGCUACAAGAUAAUAAAGUAUCUUCUGACAGAUGGAACUAAUGUCAACCAACCACGUAAAAAUAUUUGUCUGUCAUCAUACGUGUUCAAAACGGCCGUCCUUUUCCAUGAGUACGACUGUCAUUGCGUUGGUUCGCCUGAUAUUGUCAGGUGCUGUAUGGAUAUCAUCAAGUAUGUGAAGGAUAAUUUUGGGAAAGGAAUCAUGCCAACCUUUUUCAUGAGAAAUAGGAAUAUGUGGGGGACGUCAUACAGGAUUCCUAUAAGAUAUACAUGGGAACCUAGCGGUCUUUCAGAUAAUUGCUGUAGAGCGGAUUGGUGUGUCGUUAUGUGGAUGGAGGUCUGGCGACAAAUUCUAAACAAAGCCAUUCUUAAUUUCCAAGAUAUAUGCGCAAAUAACGUUACAAAAGCUACGGUAACAUAUUUACAUCAAAAGAGCAACGAUAAUCAGCGAUAUCUUGUUUGCAAUGGCGAGAAUAAGGAAAAUGGGAAACCUGGUAUAAACAAAGAAGAUAAAGAUCAGAACAAUCCAGAUCAAGAACCGGAUUCGUGUAUAGAGGAUACGUUUGACCGUCUAUGCGACACAAAUAAUGACGCGAAUGACCUGGAAGGUGCAUUGGAUAACAAAACGUCACGUAAACCCGGAACUGGCGUUAUGCCUUAUAAAAUGAAGGUCAACGACAUUUUUGAUAAAGGAUUUAAGGAUUUGCGAACUACUAUGUGCUUAGUAACAAGUGAAUUUCCCGAAUUGGCUUGGGGAACAAAAACGGAACAAAUACCCAUGGAUCCACCCAAAGAAGAAAUCUGGAAAUUAGUAAUUCCGAAAUUCCAUGAAUAUCAUGCAGAGAUGGAAAAAGCGUGUAAGAAAAAGGUAGACAUUCCCAGCAAAGAACCAGUGGAUUUGGAAUUAAUAGAGAUAAUAUAUAAUCGAGAAACCUUUAACUGACAUUUAAAGAGGUAACAGUCACGUCUACCAUCCGCCGCUAGACAUGGGAAACGUCAACAACCAAAUUAAAAAAGGUGUUUGUAUUCAGUUUCGGACGUUCAUACUAAUAGCGAGAAAAAUGAAACUGACAGCGUUCAUACUAACAGCGUGAUGUCUCUCUUGGUUCACCUGAAAAACAUAAAUGUGCAUGUGAUUUAAAUGUUUAUGCCUUAGAUAUGUAUAUAUGCCUGCGUAUAUAUGUAACUAUUGUUAUAAAUGUAUGGCAAAUACCGUUUUUGUAGAUUUUUCGGGGCUUUAACAUUGAUAGCCAUUACUUUAUUUUAUUUUUGGGGUGGUUUGGUGGCGCAAUGGAUAUCUCACUCCCCUUAACCAAGGCGACCAGGCUUUGGUUCCCCGAUCAACAUGAAAAUGUAUAGGGUUAUCUGCCCGACCAGGUGGAUUUUCCCCAGUACUCCAUGAUCCUCCUUCAUUAAGCACCCCCCCCCCCCCCCCUGCGCUAACAUUCAGGUCAACAAGUGUGAUAAAUAUAAGCUGAAAUUACUUGUUUCAUAAUAGUUGCAAAAGAAAUAAAGUUUAGAUAUUUCAUAUCUUUAUUUAUUUUGAUAUUUUUCUUAGACAGAGAUACACAUAGUGAGGAAUAUCAUUACUGUUUUUCCCUAACAUGUUAUCUUUUCGGCAAGUAUAGCUUCACUUGGAACAAUAAAGCAUGUGAACUGUUAAAA